AUGUGGCUGUCCGGCACGACUAUCGACUUCCUUGUCGAGAGAUGUGGCAAUUCACGGGGGUACUCACCGGAGGUCGUGUAUGUCGCUACAAGCCGUCCAGUAUACAUGGCAACCAUCGGCACGUCAUCAUCUAACCCCGAGAUACGCCCCGACAUCGCGUCACUUAUUCCGCAAUCAGUCUUCAUCCUCCCUGAGCUCGACGCCGCAGCAUUCAUCGUCUUCACUUGGAAUCCGACGAACAGCCAUUGGGUAGUGGUGCAGGCCCUAUGCAUGGAAUUUGGGGCGGGUCUCAUGCGCGUGUACGACACAGGACGUAGAUACCGAUCUACGUCUAUGUUCGAGCAGGAGCUCCGGCAAUUCGUUGCGCUGGUGGCGCUCUCUCACCCCCGGUCCAGAUUAGCGAACGUCGAUUGGAACACGGUCGCCGUUAGAUACGAGGAAACAGUGCAGCAAGAGGCAGAUGACUGCGGGGUCUUCACAGCGUGGAACGUGAGGACAUUACUUCACAAUGACCAGCCCGCGAAGUCGGCCUCCAACGCCUUGAGCGUUGGCAUGACACUCCGACGGGAGCUGUUCACCGGAGCACACAGCACUAUCAGCGGCCGUGAUCCCCCUUAUUGCUCGAGCCAGGCUGCGCUCGAUGCGCACAUCGAGCAUCUAUCUGGCGACAUGCGCAACCCCACUGGCCUUAGCCCGACUAGCAACCACCACAACGAUGACAAGAAACCAGGCGUAAGCACUCUCGGUCCUGUUCGAUACGUCGCGCGGACAAGGCCUACAGAACUGGCCACCUCCCACCCAACGAUCGUAUCCUAUACGGAUCUCGGAGAGCCGCGCCAGUACGAGCACUGCGCCUCUGCAGUCCAAGAAAUCGCUCAGUAUAUCCUAUCCAACAACAUAGACGCUUCGAUCGAAGCUAUCGACCGAGUGGUCGGCGAGAGCUUCACAGUCACAGCAUUACAAGGACCGACGGCGGCAGAGAUAGCGCGUUAUUGGGCGAGCAAGAGACGAACCCUUCUCCGUACGAUCGCGAAUAGGAAGUGGCUGAGCCUUGACUGUGUUAACCUUGGAAAAUCCACCGACGGUCUAAAACCUACUAUCGUCAUCACGGCAUCAGACGCAGACGCAGAUGUGUGGGACCAGAUUAUAGCGAGAAUCAGCGUUCUCUUUGACUACAAGCUGGAGGUAGAGCUCCUGUACGGACCGCGCAGUAGGAUCGAUCUAGCGGAUGCUGUAGGAGAUACCGAAGAGGCGGAGAUGUCGGAUAUUUCAACCAAAGUAGAGGAAGAGGCGGACUUCGCAAGCAAGGAACUGAAGAAACCUAAGAGUAUCGCGAAUGAGUCGGAAGACGAAGAAUUCUGCCGUCCCUCGCAUUUCUCUACUAACAUCUACCCUAGUACAUCUGUAGAAGUAAAGAGAGGCCUAUUAGGAAGCAGAGGUAACAAGAAGCUAGUGCAACCGCCUUAUCUAAGGGAAGCUUCUUGCGGCUCAGUCACCGUAGUAGUACCAUUAGAUCGCGACAAGACCCGGUACGUCCGAAGACGCAAACUCAUAAUCAACAAACACAACAGAUAUCUCCGCGACGCAAGUUCGAAGCAUCAAGCUGUAGAAUCCGAGAGCCAUCGGUCCAAAAGGCAGCAAUGGCGAGAAGAAAGAGAAGAAGAGCGCAAAGAGCGUAAGCGGGUGGAAGAGGCAUCCAACGUUGCAGGAACAACAUGGGCAAGCUCAUCAAAAACCUCUCGUCCUCAUCCCAGGUACACAGCGAAGCAGCAUGAGAAUUGGACGGAACACAGCCGCAGUACCAACGAUACAACCGAGGGCCCAGCCCUGGAGUGGGACAUUGACUGGUCGCUAUUCUCGAUAGACGCACCUCGCUUGGCGGUAUCAAAGACUCCGCGUUCAACUGAUCACCGGCACUCUGCAUCAGAUUCGGAGAUAUCCGAAUGGGGUUCGAUACAAGAAGAUAGAAGCUAUGAGGUCGUCAAGAUCGGUAGGACUUCAGGGUCGCUGAGCGCAUAUCUCACUCUCCUAAGAUUCGACAUCAUCUUACGCAGCAUGACCUCGACGAGCAGGACAUCAUUGUCCGUAGCGAAGCCGUCGCCAUUCUCGAACACAAGACGCAGAACCUUCCAUACCAAUCCGUACCAGAUUUCAGUGGUCGCAAACAAGAAGCUCUCAUGCGACGUUUUGCCAGGCGCUACCUUCCUACGAUCCGCAAUGCAGCCUUCCAAGUAA